AUGGAAGAAAUUUCCGUAGUGCAACAGUUAUUAUCAUAUUCGCAUUCGACUUUUCCAUUAAGUUUGCUAAAUGAUCUGCUGAUUCACACCAAAAACUGUGUCCAGAUGGCGGAUGAGUUGAUACAACAAAUACUCGGAACGUGUGAAAGUCACUACGAAUCAUGCGAGUUGAUUAAAUCGGAAGCUAGCCAGUUACCAAAAGUAAAGGAGAUGAUCGAUGAAGCUACGACCUUGGCAGUCUCGCUAAAGGGGAAAUUGACGGAAUUAGAGAAAAUGAUUGACGAGUUCGCUAAAGGAAAUGAAGCGCGAUCCUUCGAAAGGUGGAAGCAGAAUCAGAUCAAUGCGUUUGACCGAUACGUGGACUUGAAAAAUGAGGAGCUAGAAGAAAAGAGAAAACUCUACAAUCAGCAUUAUGAAGAAUUUAUGUUUAACAACAAAGCCCAAAAGGUGCAAUUAUACCAAGCCAAUUUUGAGAUGCAAAUGGAGAAUUAUCGCAAGCGAACAAUGAACCCACCAUUAUACAAUAAUGAGCACACAAUGAGCUUGUCGGAUGAUGAUGUCAUAGCAAAGUUGGAACAGGUCGAAAUUGAAACGGCUGAUGAUCGGGACGCAUUGGAAAACUUUCUUGAAUCUUCGAGUGACGUCGAAUACGGCGUCGAUAGUAGAAUAAAGUAA